AUAAUUGGCAACACGGUUGCAGAACAAUAGAAGCCAUCAGCUGGGACCGUUCUGUUUGUCAUAACAACAAGUUGCGUUCGUGCCAUCAAAUUCGCCAUUGAUCAUAGUGUGUUCAUCAAGCCAUGAAGAUCCCCAAAGAGGUCCAGUGCCGCACGUGCGGGCAGGUGUUUUGCUGUGCCAAAUGCCGACUGAAGCACGAGGACAACUCCCACCAGGAAAUGCAAGCCAUACGGCAGAUUUGCUACAUUUGCAACAAUAGACCGUUCCCGCUGCGGACCGAUACCAAGAUAACGCCGAGCAACGUUCUGAUCCAACAUGUCCUGACCGAACAUCUGCCGCUACGCUGCAAUCGGUGCUCAAAGGUUUUCCUGACUGCGUCGGAUUUCAAGGCUAUCAUGCGAUGUACUCCAUUCGGCGAAAACAAUGCAGGUCAUGCAUGUAGCUUGGAGCACAGUCCCAAUAUCCCGACGAUUAUGGAAACGCCCGUCGAGAGCAAUGUAGAAGUGGAGAACAAAGAAAACAUCGGCGGAAACGGUAGCAGCAUUUCGGAUCAAUCGAGCGACAGUCGUAAUAAGUUGCGUCCAGCGACAGCAAUCAAAGUCAAAGCUCCAUUAGCAGCGUCACAAAUUUCCGAAGAAUUAUCGGCGAUUGUGGAUCCCAAAGAGGAAAUCGAAGAACCAAGUGAAGCCCUCCUGACACCGCUUUCCAAAAUAAAUUUGCGAUGGAAACGUAAGAGUCAAACCUUCGAUAGCUUGAACGGAUCCAGUAACUUGUCGGCCUUCAAUACGUCUGAGGUUCCCAACAGUGCCAGAAAAAAGCUGGCUCGCACAACGUCAACGCCUAUGAUGCACGGUUAUGGGCCCAACGCUAAAUGUUCCAAUGAGUCGUAUUCUAGUGCGCUGGGACAAAUGUCCAGCAUCCACCACAGCAGCGCCAACGAGUCCUCGUCUAUCCCAACCUCACCGCCGGCUUCGUACGAAUUGGAGAAAGUCCGGGCCCUUAUCAAAAGUCGAUCUAAGGUCGCGGUUACCCCUCUUCGUCAGGUCAUGUCCAAAAGCAUUCAACGAGCGCUAGCCCAGCAUGGUCAUUACACAAAAAUGUUAGCUCCCGGGACGCAGCGUAAGAUGAGCUUCAACUCAACCGGAAGUAGUGUCUCGAACAGCACCACUGGACAGUCCCCACCUCGUAACGCACUGGAUCUUCGAACGACUCCGGUGCUGAAAAGAUCCUCCAGUGAAACCUGCGUCGGAGGUCGGAAGAAUGCCAAAACAACAACCUACCUCCUCCAGAAAACACAAAGUGAAGACUCCGGUUUGUACCAGCCGGAUGAGAACGAAUCCCAAUAUUACGAAGCACAUCAAAACGAAACAUCACUCGAGUCUGACGGUAGCGUGGCAAAUCAGGAAAAUUCCAGCAAUCACAAGCUUGACGAACGCAGUAUGAUUGCCAAUGGACUGGUCUUCCCGGGCUACUACCAGGACACCCCCAAGAUAGCCGGUGGCAUACUCAAGAAGGUCAUAUCGUUCACAACCCCGGAAAUGACACGGAUAGGAGAGCACCAUCCAGACGAUCCGGACGAAACUGCAGACGUAUGGGCAACGCCGUGUUCCGUCCCGCCGCGAAGUUUCAGCUGUUCGGCACUCCAGGAAACGGGCCUGAAUUCGUUCCUGCAGGAAAGUAGUUACGACGAUGUGUUCGUGCCUCCUACGAGAUCCAAAUCCCACAACAAACUAAAGAUGGAACCCACGGUGCCGAGCACCGGAAAGCUGUGGACCAUUGUAUCGAACGUCAUCCGACUGGCAUCCCGGUCGGACGUCCGCGACGAAUUGGACAACCCCGAAUAUUCCAGUGGAUCCGACAGUGGUGGCGGAGGCGGCGGCACCGGCGGAGGAGGAUCCACAUUUUCAACGAACCUAGUGAAGAGGGCAACGUCCUUUGCUGGGUUUUUGAGGAACCGGCUGCCAGGACGACCUCUGCAGACAAGCACUUCACCCGAAUCGGACGAGCUUCCCUCGCCUAACCGGUCAGGAGGACUGUCGGAUAGCGGUGGCACCAAGCGAAGACGAACCAACUCCGUGUACACCCGACCGUACGAGUCCGGUGCCAUGCGCCCCCUCCCCGUAAGUCCGCUGGCAAAGCGAAAACGCAUCCAAGGGCGGCAACCGAUCGAACGUAUGCGAAACAGUAGCAACCGUGGAAGUAGCGGAAGCGAUUAUUAGAGAAAUAACGGGCAUCAGAGGCAAUCCAAACCUACUAUAAUUCUGCCAACUCAUUCAUCAGUCAAUGUAGCAAUUAUAGCGUAAGUUUAAAGGUAAAGUUUUUCAAAAUGUGUAUUCUAGUGCUGUGUAUUGCGUAUGUGACAUUCAUUUUUUUUUUUCGAUUGGUGCCAUAGUAUGUCAUCCUAUGAUUACAAAUAAAGCUAAUUAAAAUCGUGA